UGCAAGAGAUUUCAAUUCCACAGACCGUUCUCGGGAGAUUUCUGCUGUUUUUCAUUACUUUUCUGGAAACUUCUCUUCUUCAAUUUCCAUUUUCCAUUACCAAUGUUGUCGAAGAAGAAGCACAAGCAAACCACUGCUUUUUACCAUAGACUCACUUCUCUCUUUCCCAGAAUGCCCCUCCGACUCCUCAAGACUCCGACUCUCUCCACCGCCAAAACCCUCCUCCUCCUCCUCUCCGCCGCCUUCAUCAUCUACACUCUCUUCUUCAACCCCUCCUCCACCGCCCCUUCACUCUUAUGCUCUCAUUCUACUCUCUCUCCGACCACGCGCCGCCACAUAGUCUUUGCCAUCGCUUCUUCCUCUAACUCCUGGUCCCGCCGCAAGCCUUAUGUUCGUCUCUGGUACCGCCGUAAUUCGACGCGUGCUUUUGCCUUCGUUGAUCGCAUUGCACAUGAUUUCGCUUCUGCUGAUCCUUCCGUUCCGCCGGUGAUUAUUUCGAAUGACACCUCUAGGUUCCCCUACACUUUCCGUGGAGGUCUCCGAUCGGCGAUUAGACUGGCGCGGGUGGUGAAGGAAGUCGUUGAACGUAAUGAGCCGGAUGUGCGGUGGUAUGUGUUUGGGGAUGAUGACACUUUGUUCUUUGUGGAUAAUUUAGUUAAGACGUUGGGAAAAUAUGAUCAUGAGCGGUGGUAUUAUAUUGGGAGUAAUUCUGAGAGUUAUGGACAGAAUUUGAAAAAUUCGUUCGAUAUGGCGUUUGGUGGUGGAGGCUUUGCGAUCAGCGAUUCACUGGCUAGAGUUUUGGCUGGGGUUUUGGACUCAUGCUUGACUAGGUACGGGCAUUUGUAUGGAAGUGAUGCUAGAAUAUGGUCGUGCUUGGUGGAGCUUGGAGUUGGCUUAACGCACGAACCUGGAUUUCAUCAGGUCGAUAUGCGGGGAAAUUUAUUUGGAUUGCUAUCUGCGCAUGCAUUGUCACCGAUAGUUUCACUUCAUCAUUUGGAUGCCACGGAUCCGAUAUUCCCAAACAUGAAUAAUACGCAGGCCCUGCAUCAUCUUUUCGAAGCAGUGAAUGUGGAUCCUGGCAGGAUUUUCCAGCAAAUUGUGUGCUAUGAUCGUUCUCAUUCAUUGACUAUUUCGGUAUCGUGGGGUUUUGCUAUUCAGGUCUUUGAAGGCAAUCAGCUUCUCCCUGAUCUACUUUCACUGCAAAGAACUUUUAUGUCAUGGAGAAGGGCUGCCACCAUUGAUAUGAAUCGAUACAUGUUUAACAUGAGAGACUACCCUAAAGAUCCCUGUAAAAGAAAUAUCUUCUAUAUGCAGAAUUUAAGAAGUAGUAAAAAUAAUGCCUUGACUAACUAUACUAGGAAGAUAGUCACUGAUUGUCCAGUGUCUAGUGCAAUUAAGAACCUGAGACAGAUUCGAGUGUUCUCCCAGAAGUUGGAACUUGAAGUGGAAGAGAUGAAGGCACCACGUCGACAAUGCUGUGACAUCCUUUCCGCUUCCAAGGAAUCGAUGCUUCUUGAAAUUCGACAAUGUAGAGUAGAAGAAUUAAUAUCUAUGUACUUCUAACCAUUUUUGUUGGUUUGUUUGGGAAGGAUAGAGUUCUAUAAAAAUUGACCAAUGGUUCCUUGAGCAGUUUAAAGCCAUUUGGACUUUGCUGUGAGUCCUGUCUUCUUAAUUUAAGGCAGGGGAGAAAGUGGGCAUGCUUUCUAAUCUAACCGGAUAUGUACUUGAAAGAAAAUGGUUUCAAGUUUCUUCUGGCAUUUUGAAUUGCCAUCCCAGGUUGUUCAUCCUUCAUCUUCUGAGGUAGAAGUUUCCAUUUUCUGCUUAACUGAGCAAAUGAUUAGUUAGUGAAAGCCAGGAGCAGGAUGAAGUUGUUUUUGGUUAACCUCUUGUAUAUCUCUUUUAAGUUUAACCAUUUAUAAGAAUCUCUCUUAUAGAAGGUGACUUCUGCUGGAAGAAAUUCUAAUAUUUUUCCUGCAACAAAGUUACUCAUAUCUUUUUGGGAUUCGUAGGUUACACUUUAGCUUAGUAGAAGGAAUAUUCAAAAGUGAAAUUUCAUA